AUUCCGGGAUUGGAAUCCAUUUUCCUGUUGAAUAUUCCACAAUCCUCCCAGCGUCAUAUUUUUUGUUCCUUGUUUUUUGGAAAGAAAUUAGGUGGUGAUCCCUGGUGACCACAUUAUUUACUCGCCUAAUCAGAUCCCCCGGUUCUCAGCUAUCCCUCUCUCUCUCUCUCUCUCUCCCUCUCUCUCUCUCUCUUUUCUGUGUGCUCAUCACUGUCCUCUGGAGUGUGCAGCCAUGUCUCUCCUUAACGAUCUAAUCAACCUCAAUCUUUCUGAUGCCACCGAGAAGAUCAUAGCUGAAUACAUCUGGAUCGGUGGAUCUGGUUUGGACUUGAGAAGCAAAGCAAGGACUCUGCCUGGACCAGUCACUGAUCCUUCCAAACUUCCCAAAUGGAACUAUGAUGGAUCCAGCACAGGCCAAGCCCCGGGAGAUGACAGCGAAGUCAUUCUGUACCCUCAAGCAAUCUUUAAGGAUCCCUUCAGAAGAGGAAACAAUAUCCUGGUAAUGUGCGAUGCAUACACGCCAGCCGGCGACCCCAUUCCCACCAACAAGAGACACAAUGCAGCCAAGAUAUUUAGCCACUCUGACGUUGUUGCCGAGGAGCCUUGGUAUGGGAUUGAGCAAGAGUACACCCUUCUCCAAAAGGAGGUUAAGUGGCCUCUUGGAUGGCCAGUGGGUGGCUUCCCCGGCCCCCAGGGACCUUACUACUGUGGAACUGGGGCUGACAAGGCCUAUGGCAGGGAUAUCGUGGAUUCCCACUACAAGGCAUGCUUGUACGCUGGUAUCAAUAUUAGUGGCAUCAAUGGUGAAGUUAUGCCUGGCCAGUGGGAAUUUCAAGUUGGUCCUGCUGUGGGUAUUUCUGCUGGUGAUGAAUUGUGGGUUGCACGAUACCUUCUUGAGCGAAUAACGGAAAUUGCAGGGGCGGUCCUUUCUUUCGACCCAAAACCAAUUCAGGGCGAUUGGAAUGGAGCUGGUGCACACACCAACUACAGCACCAAGUCCAUGAGAAAUGAUGGUGGAAUACAUGUGAUAAAGAAGGCUAUUGAGAAGCUGGGUCUGCGUCACAAGGAGCACAUUGCUGCUUAUGGAGAGGGUAAUGAGAGGAGAUUGACAGGUCGCCAUGAGACUGCUGAUAUUAACACCUUCUCUUGGGGGGUUGCAAACAGGGGAGCAUCUAUCCGUGUCGGCCGUGACACUGAGCAAAAUGGAAAAGGUUAUUUUGAAGACAGGAGGCCAGCAUCGAACAUGGAUCCAUAUGUUGUGACUUCAAUGAUAGCUGAAACCACCAUUCUCUGGAACCCAUAGAGACGGAAGAAGACGGUGCUCACUCCUCGGGGAUAAUUCAAACAGAUAGAUGCAAAUUGUCAAAUUCCAAAUAAAUAAAAGUUUGCUCUGUUUAAUAUUUACCAAUUCCAGUGUGUAUAAUUUGCAAAAGAUGGAUUUUAUCUGCUCUAACUUUCUGGAGGUUUCUAGUUCCUUGGAUAUUGAUUUGUUCAAAAGCACUGCAUUUAAAGCUCAAUUUCGAUUCUGUUUUAUUUUA